AUCGGAGCAUUGUCAUUCAAUCACCACUGAGGAACAGCGUACCGUACAAAGAGGCAAUCGUGAAAUACUGUAGCAGCUGCCCAGUCUGCAUUUGCGAACUUGCAUGGAUUGGAGCGUAUGACUAGAAAUUUUGGGUAACUGCCGGUGUUUUCGUAAAUUAUCCCAUGUGUAAAUGUAACUUAUUAUUAAAAGAUGGCUUUACUACUUGUAGUGACCCUUUUGGCAGGUUUUUCUUGCUUCAGUGUCUUUUGGAACCGAUCCGCAGGGUGCAGGAGUGAGUGAGAUAUCCGUUAUACGUACAGGCGUUCAGAUACAGCGAAGGCCUAGUGACGGUCUGACGGACAUGUAAAACUAGGCGUGUUUGGCCAUCCAGGAUUGACGUCAGACAGCGAGGAUUCAUUCUAUUCUAUGAUUAAUUCGGCUGAAGACUGAGAUAACUUUCGUAGGCCACCUUUAAUUCAUUCAUUGCGUGGACGACCGGGCACGGCGGGGCGUCAACGCGCUCAUAGAGGAGCCUGGUCGUCGUGCCAUGGAAGUCAAGAUGCCAAGGACAGCAGAAUAUGGUAACUACGCACAAAUAGAUCUCUGUCCCACCCCACAAGCCACAAUCCACGCCGGAGCUGAAGACGAAACACCUGAAAGCUGAGUUCAUCACCAUAGUUUGUGCGGGCAAGAGCGCAAAACCUUUUCGAUCAGCGCUCUAGCAAAAUGAUGAGUGGCUCCUUUCCGUUCAAGAUCCUAUUUUGGGUCCUAUGCAUCCUGCAGUGCAUGCCUAACAUCACAUUUGGAUGCGUCCCUGAGGAGAGGAUUGCUCUUAUGCAUACCCAAUCUUCGUUGAUGAAAUCAAACUCCGAAGUCCCGUCUUCAUGGGGACAGAGUGACGACUGCUGCUCCUGGGAAAGCGUCACAUGCAACGAUGACAGCACACGAGUGUCGGGUCUUCACCUUUUUGGGAUUCACGAAGGCGGACCCUGGAAUCUGAAUUUGGAAAUCUUCUCUCCAUUUCAUGAGCUUCUGCUGCUGGAUUUAUCUUGGAAUAUGCUGUCUGGCUUACAAAAUAUUGAUGCUCUUCGAGGACUGACUAAGCUCCGGAAUCUCGACCUUAGUGGAAACAUCUACGAGGAUGAUGAUAUCAUGGGAUCUCUCGGAAAAUUCACUUCUCUUGAAGUCAUCAAUCUUGCUAUGAACAAUAUGAGUGGUACUCUCAAGAAUACAGCUUUCGGAAAUCUCAAGAACUUGCGAGAGUUGCAUCUACGUCAAAUCAGUUGACUGGAAGCAUGCCAGCAUCCUUAUUUGAGCUUCCACGUCUCGAGUACUUGGAUGUUUCAGAAAACCUCUUUCAAGGUCAUAUACCUAUAACCUCAUCUUCGAAUAUUUCUUCGUCGCUUCAGACUUUCAAAUUAUCAAAAAAGAAACUAAAUGGGACGUUUGAUUUACUCUGGCUAAGAAAUUGUACCAUGCUCAAGACUAUAGGCCUAUGAAGCUCUCCACCAUAAACAAUGGAUUAGAGAUAUUGUCGGACGGGCGACAGUAUCCGCAUUCCGCAAUAUCACAGUACGUUAAGCUUUGGCAUGCGGUGGACGGAAUCCAGUUAACGACAGGGGUUGAGGACAUUGUAUCCUGGAGAUGGAACCUCUCUGGAAUCUACUCCGCGAGAUCAGCCUAUAGGGCAUUUUUCCAAGGAGCAACGAAAUUUGCUGCAGCAAGACCAUUUGGAGAGCAUGGGCACCUCUGAAAAUCAAGUUCUUCAUGUGGCUUGCGGUAAAGGAUCAGUUGUGGACAGUUGACAGGAGGCAUCGUCGGGGCCUACAAGAUCAUACAUCUUGCGCAUUCUGUGAAAAAGAACGGGAAACAGCUGAUCGCAUCUUCGCCAGAUGUUCCUAUACUCUGCAGGUCUGGGAGGAGAUCAGCUCAUUUCUGAACAUUCAGAAUCAUGCCCCAACGUAGGAAGUCUGUCUCAUCAACUGGUGGCUGCACAAACGGAGCGGUCUGAAUACCCUGAACAAGAGAGGAUUGGACUCUGCGUUUAUGCUAAUCUCCUGGAAAAUUUGGAAGGAACGUAACGACAGAGUCUUCAACAGAUCGCCGGUAAAACAGCAUGGACGGUUGGUUCGCGAAAUCUCUUAACAAGCUCACCUAUGGUGCAGCGCUGGUGCUAAGCACCUGUCCCUCCUAGGUUGGCCAGCGUCAGUAAGAGUGCCGGGACAAUAGCAUCCCUUCUCUGAAUUCGCUGUUUGUCGUUUGGUUGUUCAUCCCUUUGUAUAAUCACUAAAUGAGAUAACGCGUGUGCGUGCACCCGGUUAGCCCGCGUUGUAACUUAACUUUCUAUCAUUUACCUCUUCUUAAUAUAAAGAUACGCAGCUCUCCUGCGUAUUCUUGAAAAAAAAA